CAACUCAAAAAGUCAAAUGAUCAUCUGUUUUACACUGGCCAAUUCAGACAGGUAAGUUUUGAUUAUCGUCUGUUAACAGUAUCGGGCUUCACUUCAACACUUAACAUUACUUCGUUAGAGUUUAUAUUUCCCUUGCUGAAUAUCUUAGAUAUAACACUUAAUUAUUAUUAUUUGUUCGUAUUUCUCAUAACAUUCGAAUUCAUAAUUUUAAGUACUUUUGGCUCAUUCAGUGGCGUAAGACGGGAGAUGUGGAGGGGGGGGGGGUGGUCCGGCCCUGGCGGCACUUUUAUUCAUUAUUUGGAGGGGCGAGAUUUUCGGCAAAAAGCAAGUUUUUUUUUAUUUGAAAAGGGGGGGGGGCACAAUUAUCGACCCACCCCGUGCGGCAUUUACCCUAUCGACGCCAAUGGGUGUAAAAUGGCGCAAAAUGUAUACAUCAUUUACACAAGUUAAAUUUUGUGACUUCCGCGUCAUCAACCUUCUUAUACCUCACUCAUGUUCUAUGCAGACAGCCAAGAUUUCCUCCUCAAUUCUUAUCUUCAGAUGUUAACCUAAUAAUUUAAUUGCAUUUGCACUAAUCCGUUUCACUUUCUCUUCAUAUGACUAACGACUUCAAAAUUCAAAUAAAAAUGUAUGACAUGAUGUCUGUAAAAAUCUAUGACAUGAUGUCCACACUCCACAGAGUCUAACAAUGUCACACAACCAGACGAGAGCCCACCCUCAGGAUAUGUCCCAAGGACAGCAAGCCUACGAGUUGCCGUCGUACCUCCCCCCGCUGUAUGUACCCCCUCGGUACGCCCCCACUUUCGCCAACCCACAGACCCAGUCCGUCGUCAACUCAAACACCGUGGUUGUCCAGCAGCCCGGGGCAGCCGGGAAUACUUUGUUGCUCAUCCCUAAAGACAAACUUCAAUCACGGGAAUGGCACUCCGGUCUCUGCUCCUGUCUCAAUGAUUUGAGUGGAUGUAAGUGUCCACAAUUAUGGCUAGAUUUAAAUGCAGCUAAUUAUGGCUAGGAUUAAUGGUAUCUAAUUAUGGCUAGAUUUAAGGGUUGCUUAUUAUGGCUAGACUUAAUUGUAGCUAAUUAUGGUUAGAUUUGAUUGUAACUAAUUAUAGCUAGAUUUAAUUGUAGCUAAUUAUGGCUAGAUUUGAUUGUAGCUAAUUAUGGCUAGAUUUGAUUGUAGCUAAUUAUGGCUAGAUUUAAUUUUAGCUAAUUAUGGCUAGACUUAAUUUUAGCUAAUUAUGGCUAAACAUAAUUGUAUUAAAUUAUGGCUAGAUUUGAUUGUAGCUAAUUAUGGCUAGAUUGAAUUGUAGCUAAUUAUGGCUAGACUUAAGUGUAGCUAACUAUGGCUAGAUUUAAAAAUGAAAUUGUGUUCGGACAAAGUUCCCGUAACCAAAUAUAAAGGAAGUCAAAGAGGAUUUAAUAGGUGAAUUAGGGGUGUGUUCCAGUGGCAAUCGAGAGUGUUUCAUUAACAAAAUGGAGUGCUAAAGUAACAUUAGAGUGCUACAGUAACAUAAGAGUGCUACAGUAACAUAAGCGUGCUAAAGUAACAUUAGAGUGCUACAGUAACAUGAGAGUGCUACAGUAACAUGAGAGUGCUACAGUAACAUUAGAGUGCUACAGUAACAUAAGAGUGCUAGAGUAACAUUAUAGUGCUAGAGUAACAUUAGAGUGCUAGAGUAACAUUAGAGUGAUAGAGUAACAUUAGAGUGCUAGAGUAACAUUAGAGUGCUAGAGUAACAUUAGAGUCCUAGAGUAACGAGUGCUACAGUAACAUUAGAGUGCUACAGUAAAAUUAGAGUGCUACAGUAACAUGAGAGUGCUACAGUAACAUGAGAGUGCUACAGUAACAUGAGAGUGCUACUGUAACAUGAGAGUGCUACAGUAACAUGAGAGUGCUACAGUAACAUUAGAGUGCUACAGUAACAUUAGAGUGGUACAGUAACAUUAGAGUGGUACAGUAACAUUAGAGUGGGACCGACACAUUAGAGUACUACAGUAACAUUAGAGUGCUACAGUAACAUUAGAGUGGUACAGUAACAUUAGAGUGGGACCGACACAUUAGAGUGCUACAGUAACAUUCGAGUGCUACAGUAACAUUCGAGUGCUACAGUAACAUUCGAGUGCUACAGUUACAUUAGAGUGCUACAGUAACAUUAGAGUGUUUCGGUAAACAGAUUAAAAAAAGAGUGUCCCAGUAAUAACAAAUGAUUUCCAAGUAAUAAUAAGUGAUGUUCAAUGGGUAAUUAGUUAUGUCAAAGUGAUAAUAAGUAAUGUCCAAGUAGUAAUAAGUGAUGUCCUAUUAAUAAUAAGUGCUGUCCCAGUAAUAAUAUGUGAUGUCCCAGUAAUAAUAAGUUAUGUCCCAGUAAUAAUAAGUUAUGUCCAAGGAAUAACAAGUGAUGUCCAAGGAAUAACAAGUGAUGUCCCAGUAAUAAUAAGUGAUGUCCCAGUAAUAAUAAGUUAUGUCCAAGGAAUAACAAGUGAUGUCCCAGUAAUAAUAAAUAAUGUCCCAGUAAUAACAAGCGAUGUCCCAGUAAUAAAAAAUAAUGUCCCAGUAAUAACAAGUGAUGUCCCAGUAAUAAUAAAUAAUGUCCCAGUAAUAACAAGUGAUGUCCCAGUAAUAACAAGUGAUUCCCAGUAAUAAAAAGCGAUGUCCCCUAAUAACAAGCGAUGUCCCAGUAAUAACAAGCGAUGUCCCAGUAAUAACAAGUGAUGUCCCAGUAAUAAAAAGCGAUGUCCCAGUAAUAACAAGCGAUGUCCCCUAAUAACAAGCGAUGUCCCAGUAAUAACAAGCGAUGUCCCAGUAAUAACAAGUGAUGUCCCAGUAGUAACAAGUGAUGUCCCAGUAAUAACAAGUGUUGUCCCAGAAAUAACAUGUGAUGUCCCAGUAAUAAUAAGUUAUGUCACAUUAAUAAUAAGUUAUGUCCCAGUAAUAACAUGUGAUUCCCAGUAAUAAUAAGUUUUGUCCCAGUAAUAAUAAGUGAUUUCCCAGAAAUAAUAUGUGAUGUCCCAGUAAUAUUUGGUGUCCCAGUAUUAACAAGUUAUUUUCCCAGUAAUAUUAUUACUGGGACAUAACAUGUUAUUACUGGGACAUAACUUAUUAUUACUGGGAAUCACAUAAGUUAUGUCCCAGUAAUAAUAAAUUAUGUCCCAUUAAUAAUAUGUGAUGUCCCAGGAAUAACAAGUGAUGUCCCAGUAAUAACAAGUGGUGUCCCAGAAAUAACAUGUGGUGUCCAAGUAUUAAUACGUGAUGUCCAAAUACUAAUAAGUGAUGUGCCAGUAAUAAGUGAUGUUCCAGUAACAAUAAGUGAUGUCCCAGUAACGAUAAGUGAUGUCCCAGUAACAAUAAGUGAUGUGCCAGUAACAAUAAAUGAUGUGCCAAUAACAAUAAGGGAUGUGCCAGUAACAAUAUGUGAUGUGCCAGUAACAAUAUGUGAUGUGCCAGUAACAAUAAAUAAUGUGCCAGUAACAAUAGGUGAUGUGCCAGUAACAAUAGAUGAUGUGCCAGUAACAAUAAAUAAUGUGCCAGUAACAAUAGGUGAUGUGCCAGUAACAAUAGGUGAUGUGCCAGUAACAAUAAGUGAUAUGCCAGUAACAAUAAGUGAUAAGCCAGUAACGAUAAGUGAUGUACCAGUUACAAUAAGGGAUGUGCCAGUAACAAUAAGUGAUGUGACAGCAUUAGUCAAAGAGUCCGCUUAUUUCUUUCUGCGCUGCUUGUGUUAUGUUCCCCUUUGACAGGUCGGAUGGGUGUGUUAUGUCUGCCGUUGUUUGAUUGACAGGUCUGAUGGGCGUGUUUUGUCUGCCGUUGCUGAUGGCCAAGGUUUCCAACAGACUGGACGAAUGUGGCCUGGUCACGUGCUGCGUGCCCGGCGCUGUCACGACACUGAGAACCAAAAUAAGGACCAUGGGUG